AUGCCACGUUGCUACAGUUUAGGUAUCACGAAACGUCUUAACAUUGAUGCUAAGCGGACUGCAGUCACAGUGCAUGUAUCAGGUCCAGCUAUCGACUGCUCUGCAAAGAAAAAUGGUCCAGUUAUGAAAGUAGCUGCCAUACCGUAUAGAUACAUUAUGCAUGCCAUAAGUCGUCGUUACCGUAAGCCUAAAGGGCGACCAUCGAAGAAAAAACUUGCAGCUGUCAGCAAAAUUGAAAAACGAUGGGCAGCUCAUUCGGAAAAUGACGUGACAUUGAACAGUGAAGAAGUUUCUUCCAAAAAUAAACAAACAAUUUUUUCUGAAAGUUCUAUAGUUGAAGCGAGUACUUCAAUAAGUGCCAGUGUAAAGAAACUGAAUGAAAGUUUAUUACGAACGUCUGACUGUGGUGAUAACCGAAAUGAUGAUUCAUAUAUUUUGAUAAAUCAUAUUGUUUCGAAAGGAAUAUAUGGAUAUUCUACAAAACUUGAAUUAGUUUGUAAAAACUGUGAUAAAAUAUUUAGUUCAACAUUUUCAAGUGAGCGGGUAAAACGGUCAAAUACUUUUGAUGUGAAUACGAAACUUGUCGAAGCAUUUUUGAAAAUAGGCAAAGGCCACGCCGCCUUAGAAGUGUUUUCCAUGAUUAUGGGAAUUCAUGCUAUGGACAAAAAGACAUUUGCUAAAUGUUUACACAGUUUGUCUGAAGAAAAGGGGAAACUAAAAGGUGAUUUCCUUCAGUUUUCUCGAAAUAUUGUUCGAAACAAGCAUAAAAAAUUAAUUAAUAUAAAUAAUGAUGAGUGUAUAGAUAUCACAGUGUCGUAUGAUGGCACAUGGCAAAAACGUGGGCAUACAUCACUGUAUGGAAUAGGUAUCGUCGUAGAUGUCUUGACUGGGUUAGUUAUCGACUACGAAAUUCUGUCAAAAUAUUGUCCUGAAUGUGUAUGCGCGAAAAGAGAUAUGGAUGCUGACAGUGCGGAAUUUCAUAUAUGGUUUGAAAGCCACAAACCAGAGUGUUCCAAAAAUUUUUCUGGUUCGUCUAAUGCUAUGGAAAUGAAAGCCGCAGAAAUUUUAUGGAAACGGUCCAUCAGUACAUGUAAUAUGCGAUAUGUUGGGAUACUUUCUGAUGGGGAUGCGAAAACAUAUCAACAUUUAUUAACUCUGAAUCUUUAUGGUAAUGACGUAAAAAUUAGUAAAGAAGAAUGUAUCAAUCAUGUGGCAAAACGUUUAGGGGCAGGAUUGCGCAAUAAAGUUAAAGAGCUGCGUUCCAGAGGUAUAUGUAUCGGUGGACGAAAAGAAGGUAAUCUGAAGGAAACUACAAUUUUAAAGUUAACAAACUAUUACAGAAAGGCCAUAAAAGAUAACAUACCGGAUAUAGACAAAAUGAAAUCUGCAAUUUAUGCAAGCUUACUACACUGUUCAUCUACUGAUGUCUCACCAAAACAUUCGAAAUGUCCUACCGGUACGUUGUCAUGGUGUUUUUAUCAACGUGCAGUAGCAAAUGAAGAGCAGCCGAAAGCACAUAAAGCCAUGAAAACUAAAGUAUCUGAAAGUGUUCUUUCUCAAAUAUUGCCAAUUUAUCAAAGGCUAGCUAGCACAGAAUUGCUGUCCAGAUGCAUUUCUGGUAAAACACAAAAUGCUAAUGAAAGUAUCCAUAGUUUAAUUUGGAACAAUUGCCCUAAAGAAGUGUUUAUUUCUAAAAAAAGGCUAGAAAUGUCAGUAUUAUCAACAAUUAAUGAAUUUAACUUUGGUUGUGUAAAUGCCAUAAGCGUAGAACAGGAAGAAGUGAACUCGUUUUCCCUACUCAUUGCAAAAAAGCGCGAUCAGCGUCGCUUGAACCAAAGUAAAAAGAGAAGUUUACCUGCAUGGAAAAAACACAGAAAUAGUAAAAAAUAUUGUAAAUCACUAAACGAUAAUGCAAUAGUAGCAAAUGAAGCACUAGCUACUUGUCCUCGAUGUAAAGUAAUGCUAUUUGUGUGGUAUUCUAUAUGGGCAUUCAUAAAAGAUGCAUCAAUGGGGAAGGUAAUCAGCAAAGGAGAGACGACAAAAAGAGGGACAUCAUCAAAUAAGGAACAUAUAAAGAAGGAUUAA